CAGCCGCCGAUCGGUCUGUGCAGCGCUGCUUCAAGCCUCUUAACUUCACUGAACAAGUGUAGCAUCAGUUCUGGCAGCUCACGUCAGUCAAGCUUGCAUCAGCUGAUCCAAAUCUGCCUAUAAGAAUACGACGCCUAUCACAGCGUCCCUAUAUAAGGUCCAUCAGUAUUAUCAGCGGCUUUGUCGUGUUGCUGACAAGCUCAUUACAUGGCGAAUAAGAUGUGCAGGGCUGGUGGUACUCCAGGACAGAUCCGAUGAAAGUGGAAGAGGAAAGUGAAGAACCGAGUGAAAAGGGAGGAGAAGAAUUGAGUGAAGAAAGUGAAGAACCGAGUGAGGAAAUGAGUGAAGAAAGUGAAGAAAGUGAAGAAUUUAGUGAAGAGGAAAGUGAAGAACUGAGUGAAGAGGAAGAACAUCAGAAAUCUCAGAAUGUCACAACUAGAGCAAAAUCUUCUAGCUGCUCAAAGACUAAGAAUGUGUCACAGAAAAGAACUCAAAGAACGAACGCUAAAAGGUCAUCAUGCACCUGCCGUCUGUGUGGAAAGAGUUUCACAUGUAAAGGAAGCCUGAAGGAUCACACAAGGAUUCACACUGGAGAAAGACCUUUCACAUGCAGUCACUGUGGACGAGGGUUUAAACAGAGCGGAAGCCUUACAGAACACAUCAGAAUCCACACUGGAGAGAAGCCUUACACAUGCAGUCAAUGUGGGAAGAGCUACAGACAGAAAGGAAGCCUUGGGAUGCACAUGAGAACUCACUCUGAAGAAAAACCGUUUACGUGCACUCAGUGCGGGAAGAGUUUUACACUGAAACACAACUUUAAUCUUCACUUAAAAACUCACUCCAGUGUGAAGCCGUUCAUCUGUCUUCAGUGUGGAAAAGCUUUUAGUCAGGUGUCACACCUGAAAAUGCAUGAAAAAGUUCACAUCGAAGUGAAGCCGUAUCACUGCGCUCCAUGCGAUAAAAGUUUCUUAACGAAUUCUGAUCUUCAAAGACAUUUAAAAUCAUUCAAGCAUACUAAAUACAGGUCGCUAGAAAGAUUCAUGCUCCAAGCUCAAGCCUCAGGAGCAAAUGUGUUCAAUUUCUUCUAAUAGUGUCAUUGCCUGCAGUGUGGGGGACGUGGGUAAUGUGUGUUUUCCACUGUCUUCCGUUCGACCUAGCUUCCAGUCUGUUCCAUUGAUUGUUAUCCACCUGUUGUCCAUUAAUUAUGUCUUUGUUGGAUCUCUGUACUUUUUGAGUUUUCUGCCUUUCGUUGUCCUGUCAUCAUCAGUGUUCAAGAACUGUGAAGUCUGAGUUUCUGCGAGUGAGUUUGUAUUAUUUAAUAUUAUUUGUAUUAUUUUCUUGGGUUAUUUGUCUCUGUGAGCGUCAUGUAGCAACAUGAAUGUGUUAGUUCAGAGUUUUAACAAAUAAUUAAACGUGUCUGUUGCUUUUUUUAAUGUUCAGGAGUAACAACACUUUUAAAUGAAUAAAGUUACAUGUAUGUUACAA